AUGGUAAAUGAUUAUUUAAAUGUAUUCUUGUCUGACCGGUAUGUAAAUUAUCAAAUUUUGGGCCAGAAUCUCAGUGAGAAUGAGUUGCAGUUGCAGGAAAUUGCAAAGAUACAGCGGAAUGUUCAGGAAAGCUGUUUAUUACGUGCCUCCAUGAUAGGCAUUGGAAGUGGAGUUUUAGGGAGUUUGGUGGGAACAUUUUUGUAUAGUAUAAACAUGUCGAAUUCGAGUGUGGACACUGAGGUUUCCGUGAAGAAGGAAUUCUUAAAACAGUACAAAAACUUUGUGCCAUACGUCAAAAGCACAAUUAAAAGCUUUGCUAAACUCGGAUUUCUCUACUCACUCUUCGAAUGCCUUAUUAACAAAGUAUACAAUCUAUUUAUCCCUAAUUAUCUCAUUUUGCCUAUAUGUAACAUUAAUGAUACAGAAUGGUCCUUUUGCCACUGUCGGCGGUUGUAUCGGUUUUGCCACGUUCUCAUUCCUCAUGGAGUCUUAUCAGCGUAA